AUGGCCAGCAGCAGCAGCAGCUUCACUUGGCCGCCGAGAUCCUACCCCUGCAGCUUCUGCAAGAGGGAGUUCAGGUCGGCGCAGGCCCUCGGGGGCCACAUGAAUGUCCACAGGAGGGACAGGGCCAGGCUCAGGCACGGCUCCCCUCCUCCGGCCGCUUGCCGCCCUAGCAGGGCACCGACGCCGGCGGCGGCGGUGAUUCCCAACCUCAACUAUCCGCCACCGCCGCCGCAGUACGACCAUCGCCAUGGCCCCGCCGCCAGCACAUCAAUAGCGGCGGAGGUGAGCUUGGAGCUAGGUGUUGGAGUGGUGCGCAGCUGCAGCACUGCUGCGACUCCAAUAACUCCAGGCGGCGGUCCGGAAGAGGACGACGGCGGUCUGGACCUUGAGCUUAGGCUCGGCGUCUCUUAG